AUGGCAACGACAUACCAGCUUAACAUUCAAGGCAUCUUCGACGGCCUUUCGCCGCGCGAAAAGCUCUACUCUCACCAUUUGGCUCAGGCUGCGUGGCAUGGUAGUAGGAUCGUUCUCCGACAGACCUCGCCUGAAAGCGAAGGCAUCUUCGACUUCAUCCUCGAACUACACAAAGCAUGCAAGGGGGACUGGUCUAAGUUGGCUAACGACGACGGCGUCGGACGUGAAGAUGUCGAGAGUUUCCUCGACUACGCCGGGCAAUUCCUUGCGCAUUUAGGUAAUUACUACGCCGAUGGGAAUCGCAAGGUAGUCCCGCACGUUUCAGCGGAUGCCAUUCGCAAGAUGGCCAGUAUUUCACCUGCAACGACUUCUCUACUUGACAAGAUCAUUGACCCCCUUCUCGCCGCGACGCCGAAAUGCUUGGGCUUUCCGGGUCCCGGUACACAGUCGACGUAUUAUCCCGGCCCCGAAGCUAUCACAAAGAAUGAGAUCACCGCGAUCGCCGAGAUCAUGGAAAAGAACGAGAUCGAGCCCGAAAACACUCGCUUGAGCAAGAGAGUAGAGGGGGGUUCUCCUGUCUUCCAUAUUCUACGAGCAUCCGCUCAGAUGUCUGCGGUUAGCACUGAGCUGCCUAGAGGCGACCAUGCGCUUACAGUGCGUGUUGCACCCGGGGAUCACGCAGCCGAACUCUCCAGAGUCUGCGCCGCUCUUCAGGAGGCGGCCAAGUACGCGUCCAACCGCACGCAAGUGAAGGCCUUAAACGAGUAUAUCGAAUCUUUCACCACCGGGAGCACCGAAGCAUACCGCAGGUCGCAGAAGACAUGGGUUACCGAUUUGUCGCCCAGGGUCGAGAGUAUUUUCGGCUUCGUCGAACCAUACCGAGAUCCACACGGCGUACGCGCUGAAUGGGAGGGAAUAGUUUCCAUAUCCGACCCCGACGAGACAAGGAAGCUGGCGGGUCUGGUCAAUGACUCUGCCAAGGUCAUUUCCCUGCUUCCUUGGGCGUCCAUGGAGAACGACGGAAAGGGGCCGUUUGAGGCAAGCCUUUUCCAAGCCCCGGAUUUCACCAUUGUCCACGGUGAGUCUCCAUUUCCAAACAACCCCUUCCCGCUCCACAGAAGGCCUCAAGUCUCGCUGCAACAGGCCGUGUCUACAUCACCUACAGCGAGGAACCUAACAUGGACAGCACUUGCGUGUUGCGCAAGUGUCGUGUGGGAUGGGGUCAAUCUGCCGAACUAUAGCGAUAUCCGGGAGACUUGUGGCUUGAAAAAUAUCCUCUUCUGGAACCGAAUGGGAAUUAGGGUCGAGUCACUCCCGCCCUCUCGCCACGUUCAUCCGUCUGAGGCAGAGCCCCUGAAAAGUCAUAGCCAGGUGAUCAACUUUGUCACGACAUCAAUUCACGAGCUCAUAGGCCAUGGCAGUGGAAAACUGCUAAGCGAAACGGCGCCUAACGUUUACAACUUUGACAAAGACCACCCCCCAACAAAUCCCCUCACCGGCCAAGCUGUCGAGUCGUGGUACAAACUGGGUCAAACGUGGACUGGCGUGUUCGGCAAACUGGCAACAACGGUUGAAGAGUGUAGGGCAAACUUGAUUUCGUAUUAUCUUGCUGAUGAGGAGCAGGUUCUACGCCUCUUUGGCUUGGAGGAUGAGAUCAGCAUCCCAGAUUUCAUCUAUUAUGUGUACCUGACGAUCGGGACGAAGGGUAUCGACGCCCUCGCCUCGUUCAAUGCGGAAGACCAGUCCUGGGGUGACCAGCACGCCAGGGGUGCAUUCGCUAUUCUGAGGCACCUAUUGGAGGAUACUGACGGUACCAUCACUGUUGAUUACUCCGAGGGAAACUUGCACGUCCGUGUCGAUCGCUCCAAGAUCCUCUCGCAUGGCAAGCCUUCGCUGGGUCGGUUGCUGCUUCGUUUGCACAUUUGGCGCUGCACAGCAGAUAUCAAGACAUGCAGAGAAUUCUACGAGCCGUUGAGCGCCGUUGAUGGCCUAUUCGAGGCUUGGAGGCAGGUCGCCGUAACAGCGUGGUCGAGUAAGAGCUCAUCCCUAGUACAAUCAGAGCCUGGAUCGAAGAUUGUACAGCCAAAUACCAUUAUUGAAGAGGAUGGCCAAGUGGUGUUGAAGUUGUAUGAAGCCAGGGAUGAAGGGAUCAUUCAAUCGUUUAUCGAUAGAGAUAUUUAA